UUUACUGGAAGCCUGGAACUUUCUUUCAUCGCCAUCAAGAGCUGUGCUAUCUACCAACUCUUAAAAACCCCAAAAUCUCCUUCGAGCAUCGACGGCGUCACCCACUCUUCUUCCUCCUUCAACCAUCUCCCUGAUCCUGAACCUAAUUUCAAUCUAUUCGUAGCCCUUUCUCGUCUUGAAGAGAUGCCUAAAACGCUUUUAUCAACUCCGUCUCUAUUUCUCAUCCUCUUAUCCGUCAUCAUCUCUUCACUCCCUACGUUUUCAUCCACCCCAAGCCUCGGCCUCGACGCCUUCCUUUCCGACCAGUACCGCCGCGACCCUCUCGCCGGCAACGAUUCCUUUCCUUUCCUCCCAACAUCCCUCAAGAAAUCCCUGUCUCUAUCCACCCCUUCUUCUAAUCAUAAAUCCCUAAUCUCCCAGCUCCUCUCCUUCCAGAUAUCAAUCCCUGUCUACGUCAAGCUUGUCGGACCCUUCUCGGCCGCCGCUUCUAACCUGCUCCAAUACUUCGCCUCCGCUGCUCUAUCCUCCGCCCAAUUCCAUGUCAUCGGCUCCAAUCCCCACCACCUAGUAGUCUCUCACUUCCUGCACCUAGAAGCUUCGUUCUCCCCUCUGGGCUCUGAGAUCUCCGCCACCAUCCGUUCGCACAUCGAUUCCUCAACGGUUCCGUUCCACCGCUCCAUCCUCCUCCCUGUACCGCACUCUGUUGUGGACCGCAUUGUCUGCGAUGAUUUCGAGAAGGAGUCGUCUAACUCGGCCCCGGGUUUCUACAUAUAUCUGUUGAAUCUCGAUCAGCAAUCAAAGCGAUACGCUUACUCCUACGACGCCAAGGAUUCUUCUCUGGCGUUCUCCAAGUGCCUUGGGACGAUCUGGACAGGGAAGGAACGAUACAUGUGGAUAGACCUUGCAGCCGGGCCAGUGGACUAUGGCCCAGCGCUCUCCGGCGAAGGCUUACUCCCACGAGGUGAGUUUCAUCCACUGGCCUCCCUUCAUAAGAGUCCAAGACCGGAAAAAGCCUUGCUCGCGGACCUGGCCUCGCUGGUGCUUAGUGCUUACCAAACCCUUUUGGUUCCCUCUUUAAGAAUCCCCCUCUUCUUGGAGUCCAUACUUCUAAUCCAAUUCAUUCGAAUCCAUGGAUCUGAUGAUCAAGAUCUAGCCGGUCUUGACUGGGCUUUCAUUGAGCAAACGCUUCGGGAGAGUGAUUUAUCAUUCAAGGAACAAACUUUGCUGUUCAAGUCAUAUAGUGUCAAGUACUCAGAAUGCCAUAUCUGUUCGUUUUCAAUUGCCAAAUCAAUGAACUCGUACACAUCAAGAUUCCUUUUUGAUAAUUAUACCUUGAUUGUGAGUGAGUAUUUGGACUCAAAACAACUGAGUAAGCUGCUUAGAGGAUCAUUGACUGAGAUUCAUAGAUCGGCAGGGAUAACCGAUGAUGUAUAUGGGAAGGUUCUCCCUGUGUUUGUCUUUGAUUUGGAUUAUGACAAGAUCAUCUUUCUUGACCGAUUCCACCAAGCUGUUGCUUUUAAGGAUAUGGUCAUUGCUGUGAGGAGUAGGAAUACUCAGACGGUUAGUGAGUAUAGCUGUAAUGGAAGGCAUGUGAUCACUAAUACGCGUAAUUUGAAUCGCGCUAUUGUUGGUUCAGUUCUUCAGAGUAUGUGGGGAGUUACACCAACUCAUCUUACAUGGAGCCAAGAGCAUAAUAGUACAAUGGUUGACUACACUUGGAGUGUUGGACAGACUCCAUUUGGGCCAUUCUCAGAGUUAUCCUCACUGUCAUUCGUUCAGAAGGAUGCAGCUAAAAGAAAUGUUCUCCUUAUUAGUUUGAAUUAUACAAUUACGAGUGCCAUUGAUUUGUUGGAAUCAAUGGCAGCACAUGGAGGUUACAGGAAACUUCUUAAGAAUAGCAGGUAUGUGGAAUUUGUCCAGAGGUGGAAUUUGCUCAAAUAUAAGCUGGAAAAGAUUAUUACUGCAAUGUCACAGCUGGACUAUGACAAGGCUAUUUAUUUCCUGAGGUCUUCUGAUCUUGACCUUUAUGCCUUGUAUACUGUAAUUUACCAGGCAACACAAGAGCUUGAGGCCUCACUGGUUUGUUUCAAAGAUCCAUCAUUUCCAUGGGUUUCUGCUUUUGUUGCUGCCGGAAUUUUGUUUGGAUUAUUAUAUGUUUAUGCAAAGAGAGAGAAGCUUUUUAGGAGCAAGAGAAAACAAUUCUAGUCUUUGAUGUUUGUCUUAAUUCAGGAGCAUCUAGUUGGGCAGUAUGGCUUCCUGAAAUAGAUGUCAUUUGAAGAGUUAUCCUUUAGGAUGCGAAUGAAAAAAAAAAAGGUUCAAAUUCUUGCGUGGGAUCCUUGUCUGCUGGCUCGGUUUCAUGCUAGGAGCGUAUAGUACUUAAGAAAUAAUUGAUUAUGUUAUAUUUCUAUAAGAUUGUAAAUGAAAUGAGUUGAGCUGAGUCAAAUUGAGUAUCGGCCUAA